AUUUUCCUCUACAAAAUGCAGCUGCUGUUGCUGGCGAUCGUCUUAACGGGACUCUUUGGCUGCUCAGCUGCUGUCGACUGUCCGACCGUCUGCAAAUGCCGCUGGAUCAUCGAUAGCCUCUAUGCGAAUUGCUCGCGACGCGGCUUGCGCAGCUAUCCGAACUUUAAUGAUAUACCCGUGGAGCAUUUGGAUCUCUCCUUCAAUGACUUUACGGAAUUUCCACGACAGUAUGCCGAUAUGGAUUCGCUGCUCUAUCUGGAUUUGUCGGACAAUCGCAUAGCUAAUCUGGCUGCGGAUGCGCUGAUCGGGUUCACCUCACUGCGCACCUUGCUGCUGGCCAACAAUUCGAUUACCGACUGGUCGCACAUCAAUCCCAACGAGGCCUUCAAGUAUGCGCCCAGCCUGAAGAGGCUGAGCCUGAGCGGCAACAGUUUGGGCAACUUUGGCGGCGACGUUGCCAGCGAGCAGCUGAACAGCCAAUCCCUCAAUGAACUGGAUCUGUCUGCGGCACAGAUUACCAUUGUGGGCGGCGAUGUGCUGAUCAAUCAGCUGCCCAAUCUGCAGCGCCUUUCCCUGGCCAACAAUCAGCUGGCUCAACUGGCGCGUUUGCCAUCGCGAAGUCUUCUCGAGCUGGACAUGAGCAACUGCAACAUGCAGCGCCUCAACUCCAUGUUCAUUGAGGCCCUCUACAAUCUGGAGGUGCUCAAUCUGUCGCACAACACAGCGCUGCAGUUCGGCUGGGAGGAGGAUCUGAUUGUCGGCUUGGAGCUGCGCAAUUUGGAUCUUUCCUAUUGCAAUCUGGAUCAAAUCGACUUGAGUGGCCUGCCCGUCCUCGUGGAGGUGCGUUUGCGGGGCAAUCUCCUACGUUCGGUGGACCAGUAUACAUUCGCCAACAACACGCUGUUGGAGCUGGUUGAUCUCUCCCAAAAUGUGCUGCGCUUCAUUGGCAAUGCCGCAUUCAAUCCCUUGAAGCGCCUCAAACACCUCAACUUGGCCUACAAUGAGAUUGCUCAUCUGGAUCGCAAUCUCAUCAGUGGCAACGAUGUGCUCUUGGAGCUCAAUAUGAGUCGCAAUAUCAUACAGAAGCUAACGAAGAUCGUCUCCAAUUCGGUGCGCGUCAUUGACCUGAGCUGGUGCGAAAUCAGCGUCAUUGAGAACACGGCGCUAACUGGCCUAUCGGCUAUACAACGCCUGGACUUGUCCAAUAAUCUGAUAAGCUAUUUUCCCAGUUUGAUGCGCUCGGAAACGCUGCAACAUCUGAAUCUAGCCAACUGCAGGCUAUCAACGAUAAGAAACAACAGUUUCAGUGGCUUUCCCGAGCUAGCGGAUCUACAUUUGAAUGGCAAUCGCUUGAUCAACCCCAUUCCACCUGGACAUUUUCGAGCGAACAAAUUUCUCGAUCAGAUCUGGUUGGGCGACAAUCCCUGGAUAUGCGAAUGCCAGAAUCCGCUAUUCGUCGAGUUCUAUGACUAUCUCACAGCUAAGCCGGCCAAGCUCAAGGACCGUCACAAUUUGCGCUGUGCCUCGCCGGCCAACUUCUAUGGCCAAUUGUGGGACUAUGCCUGCCUCUCCGACUGGACAGUGAGUGCGCGCAACAGCAGCGGGGAGAAGGUCUGGUCGACCAUAAUGCUCUCCAUUCUGGGCCUAGGUGUGCUGGCUCUACUCUUUGGCUGCUUUCAGAAGAUGAUGCGUAAGCAUAAGCAACGACAGAAUCGCAGGGAAUAUAAUGCCAACCAUGACGAACUGCAACGCAUACGCGAUAUCAACGAACGCAUGCUGCGCGAGGAGUCGUCAGCCACGUUGCAGCAGCAGCAGGAGAUUAGCCUGUUGCCRUCCUAUGAGGAUGCAUUGCGUAUGCCCAAGCUGGAGCGUCCAGCCAAGUCCAUGUUGGAUCUGUCCGCUGCGCAGCGCAAUCGCAAGCAGCUGCGCCGUAGCCAGACGCAGGCAGAUGACGACAACUCGGGCGGCGAGGAGGAACUGCAGCUGGACUCGCGUCAAAGAUUUCGCAGCGUCGAAAUGCUCUCCAACCGGGACAAGGAGAGAACGGCACAAUAUCAGCCACAUCGUCGCACUGGAUAUAUGGAAUACAGUACGCAGUCGGGCAGUCGACGCUUCAGCAUCGAGGACUCGCGUUUUCCGGCUGCACAUCUCAAGACGCAAAACUUGCAGAGUGCCGAGCAAAUUGGCAACUUCCAGAGCUACGAGAACAGUCCGUAUACGAAGAGGAAGCCAAAGAUAGCGGAGAUACCGCCCUUUAAGCGCAUCAAUUUUGUGGCCAACAGUGUGGAGUUCCUCACCGAUCCCGAUUGCGAUAGUAUCGGCAGCAAGCCAGGCAGUCCCUUUGCCAGACGCAAGCCCAAGACGCCAACCAGCGUGCAGGUGAGCGCCCAGGUGUACACAAUGGAGCACAAUCAGCGGGCCUCUGCCCAGCUGGAUCCCGCCGUGGAGGAUUACUUCAGCAAUGCCCAGAAGAGACCUGGGUCCACGUCAACCAUAGCCAGUGACUUCCAGGAGGUCGCUGCACCAGAUAUCGCCUCCUUGCCUGACGAUGACACUCGCUCAAAUGUCUCCACAUCCGCCGCGGAGAUCGAUCUGGAGCGUGGCAUGCGCAAGAAGCGAAAGAACUCAUCCACGCGCCGGGUAAGCGGCAAUUUUAGCGCUGCCGCUGCCAACGACAGCUCCAGCUCUGCCAGCGAUGGCGAGCGCAGCGUUCCAGUUCACAAGCCCAUGAGAGAGACCCUAUUCUAAGCACUCA